AUGCCGUACCUAGUCUUCAAAGGCGCCGACCCAAUCCAGCUCUGCCACCUCGUCACACGACCCGCGCACUCGAUCAUCAACCAAGCUUUCGACUCACGCCUCCGUCUCGAUGCCACCCGCGCCGUAAAUGGUGACGGCUUCGGCGUAGGCUGGUACGACUCCACCCCUGACCCAGAACUGGGCAACGCACCGUGCAUCUUCACCUCGGUCACCCCGGCGUGGAACAACCAGAACCUCCAGCGCAUCGCUGAAAAGAUCAAGUCGCCGCUCGUCUUCGCCCACGUCCGGGCAUCUACCGCCGGUGCGCUUUCAGAAACCAACUGCCACCCCUGGCGGUAUGGUCGUCUGAUGUGGAUGCACAACGGCCAGAUCAGCGAGUUUUCCAAGAUCAAACGCCAGGUCCUUGCCUCCCUCCCGGAACCUCUCUUCCUCUUCCCACAAGGUCAUACAGACUCUGAAUUUGCAUUCGCAGUCUUCCUCAGUCACCUGGGCGACCCACUCCAAACGGAGCCUUUCUCCUACAAAGAACUCCGGGAUGCGAUGCUUUCCACGAUCCACGACUUCAACACCUGGUCCCGAGCCGCAGGCAUCCGCGAACCCUCGCUGAUGAACUUUUGCGUCACCGACGGUCAGAGCAUCAUCUGCACCCGCUACGUCUCGUCCAAACACGACCAGGCUGCUUCGCUCUACUUUUCCUCAGGUACCAGCUUCUACGAGCACUCGCCCGGAACGUAUCGCAUGGUCAAGACGGACAAGCGAGAGAAGAUCAUCGUGGUCGCCAGCGAGCCGUUGACGUUUGAAAAGGCGGAUUGGAUGGAGAUCCCGACGAACACGCUGGUGUGCAUUACGCCCAAGAUGAAUGUUCUGCAGUUGCCGAUCUUGGAUGAGUAUGCGUUGGGGAAGGGGGAGGCGGGCGUGAGGAGCCCAACGUUUGCGUUGAAGACGGGGUACCCGCCGAGCGUUUCGGGGGCGACUGCGGCGGCCAACGGAGCAGGGAUAGGCGGUGCGGCUGCGAGCGAGGAUGUUGCGGCGUCGCCGCCGACGCCCUCGCGGCCGCUGCACGUCGUCCUCGCGUCCACGGGCAGCGUAGCCUCGGUCAAGAUCCCGCUCAUCGUCGAGGCGCUCUUAAAGCACGCCAACGUGCGCGUCCAGGUGGUUGCUACGGAUGCCUCGUUGCACUUUUACGAUCGCACGUCGAUAGCUCGUCUCUCUGCCACGCACUCUAGCUCGGGACCCGAGGGGGAGGAAGUUCAGGACGAAGCGUAUAGCGUGGCGACCCUGGCAGCGGAGAACCGCGCUGCCUCGCUCUCCACCGCCCCUCCCACCCGCUUACCCCGAGCCCAUCUGUGGACGAAUUCCGACGAAUGGUCUUCUUUCCGCACUGUCGGCGAUCCGGUGCUUCACAUCGAGUUGCGUCGCUGGGCCGAUGUCGUCCUGGUCGCCCCCUGCUCCGCCAAUACGCUCGCCAAGCUCAGUGGAGGGAUCUGCGACGAUCUGUUGACCAGCUUCAUGCGCGCGCUCGGACCAGAGACGCCCGUGGUGGUUUGUCCUGCGAUGAAUACGCUCAUGUGGAUGCACCCGUUGACCGAGGGGCAGGUGAGGACGGUGAGGGAGGUGUUGGGGUACGAGGUGAGGGGGCCGGUGGAGAAGCGGUUGGCGUGCGGGGAUACGGGUGUGGGGGCGAUGAUUGAGUGGACCGAGGUGGUGCGCGAGGUGGUGGACAGGUUCGGGCUGGUGAAGGAGCAGGGGACGGGUGAGGAAGGGACGGGCGAGUAG